AUGUUGAAGUCGAAGUACGGGAUUCCAAAAGGCCAAACUCUACGUGACACGACUUUGAAGAUCGAGGUGCUCAAACACUACCACGCCCUCAGCGCGAGGUCAACAUCAAAGACAGAUCUGGUACAAAGCAGACCCGCCCACAUGACGCGAAAGUGA